ACAGUAAGUGGAGAUAAACAGAUAAUAAACAGUUUAUUUGCUAUAUAUUAAGAAUAACAAAUAGGUCAUUAUAGUAGGUUAAUGCCCAGAUUUGAUAUAAUUGCAUAAACUAUCCAUUAAUCUGGAAAUCAUUUGCAAAGAAUAUUAAAGCACAAAAGGAAAAAAAUGGAAAUUACUGGAAGCUGCUUUACUACACAGGAACCCUUCCAAAUAUUUAUUCUGCAGGAAAAUUGGGAGGGAUAUUAUUUUGCCCAAGACUCUUAUUAAUGAUGAGCAUCUUUAUGUAACCCAUUGCAAGUCUUAAAAUUAUGAAGUCUCUCUACUGAUUUUCCCUACUACAGCAUGCAAAACUUUCAAAAGCCUUUACAAUUUCUAAUUUAUUUUGGAACGGUGGAAAUUCCAGACAGUCUGUUGUUUCACUGUGUAAUGAUGAAUUAAGCUUUUCUCUCACUCAAGUGAAGACGGGAGACCUUGAAAGUUGACAAGAAGAGUCACCAAAAACAAAUUCUAAAUCUUGUUACCCCAGAGGAGAGAUAACCUGAGAAUCCUUACAACGGGGAAAUCAUUUGCCUCCUUUCUUUAACCCGGUUCUACCGCGUUUUUCUAAUGGUUGGAUUCAUACGCUGCGCUAAAAAAAAAAGUGAACUUGUUUCGUGUGCGUAUGUGAAGCCCGUCUUUGCUUAACGAAGCACGAUUUUAAAAUGCACGCGAACCUUGUCUUCUAUUCGCACACACGUCCACUAAAAGAAACCUGCUGACGUGUGAAGCGGCAAUCUGUUUGUGACAAGUCCAGGACGUUCGUACAGCUCCUUAAAAACCAAUUUAUUAUUAUUAUUAUUUCUCCACGGCUGACUGGAGACGCAGUUCAGCUGCGGAAGCGUAGAUGGUUGCAGUCCGGCUUAGAAACCGUAACGGCACAGGAAGGGGUUGGCUCAAGACCGCGGAGCCGUGCGUGGCCAGCAACGGCGGACGAAUCCGGAGGAAUAGAUCCGGGGUGGGGAAAAGAAAGAAAGAACAAAAGGAGAGAGGCGGCCCGCUCUUCCACUCGUGUGUUCGCUUAUGUAUCUUCUCGUUUAGUCCCCUAAGUUACUUUAAACGUCGAAAGUGCGUCGCGAAGUACUUGCAGAAAUCGCGAGCCUUGAGAUUUAGGUCCACCCAGCCCCGGAUGGUCUGAGCUGGCUCACCGGGAGCCCGACCGGAGUGAAGACGGCCGCAGCUCGGGGUCAUUUCUCUUUCCCGGGGCACUACAGCCGUUAACUCUUGCGCACCCACAGGAAUCAUUUUGUUCAAGCAGGUUAAAGAUGAUGAGAGAAGAGGAGAACCUGGUAAAAAAGGAGGAAAGUAUGUCAGAGGAGGAAGAGGUGAAAGAGGAGGAAAUAUUCACAGUUAUAGCGGAUGAAGAACACCUGGUGAAAGAAGAGAGAAUAUUUGAGGAGGAGGAGGAGGAGGAGGAAGAUGAGGAGGAAGAAGAAGAAGAUGAUGAGGAUAGUCUGGUGAAAAUAGAGGUGAUUCUCCCAGAGGAUGAAGAAAAUCUAGUAAAAGAAGAGGUACUUCUUCCAGAAGAAACUUCCCUUCUGGAAGAAUAUGAAAUCAAUGUUUUUCAAAUCCAAGGGGAUGAAAUACCCUGUGACAGUGAUCUCGGUCCUGAGAUCUCAGGUUAUAUUCCAAGAAAGAGACAUUGUAAAACCAUGCCACGGGCAGGAACUGUUGGAGAACCCAACCAAGCCACAGCCCGGAAGGGUGGAAGAAUCUAUAAGUGCCCUGACUGUGGAAAAAUAUUUAAGCGCUGUUCACCACUUAUCAGACAUCGAAGAACCCAUACUGGAGAGAAACCUUACGUUUGCCGUGAAUGCUUGAAACGUUUCAGUGACAGCUCAGCCCUUGUGAAGCACCAAAGAAUCCAUGCUGGAGAGAAACCUUAUACAUGUCCCGAGUGCGGUAAGAGCUUUUCCCAAAGCUCAACCCUGAUUGCACAUCAGAGAAUACACACUGGAGAGAAACCAUAUAAAUGCCCUGACUGUGGGAAGAGUUUUAGUGUGAGCUCUAACCUUGUUGCUCAUCAAAGAAUCCACACAGGAGAAAAACCUUUUGGGUGCCCUGUCUGUUUAAAAGGUUUUCUGGUCAGCUCCCAUCUUAUCAGACACUUGAGAAUACACACUGCAGAGAAACCUUAUAUUUGCAGAGAAUGUGGAGAAUGCUUUACCCAAAGCUCUCACCUUGUUGUUCAUAAGAGAAUCCACACGGGAGAAAAACCCUAUCUGUGUUCUGAGUGUGGGAAAAAUUAUCGUGGGAUCUCCGAUCUGAUCCAGCAUCAAAGGAUUCACACAGGAGAGAAGCCCUACAAAUGCACAGAGUGCGGCAAAUGCUUCAGCCAAAGCUCAUGUCUCAAGAAGCACCAGCGAAUCCACACAGGCGAGAAACCUUACAUGUGCCUCAGGUGUGGGAAGAGAUUUAACCGGAAUUCACAUCUGACUAGGCAUCAAAAAACCCAUGUUGGCUAAUUUUUAAAGAUGAGUUCUCAGCAAAUUCCUCUUGCUUGCAGCCCCUGAAGAAGUAACUAUGGAUGUCUCAAACAGUGAUCUAUUCCUUAUCUCCUUUUGUCCAAAUCCCUUGAACUUAUCCUGCAAGAGUAUAAAAAGAUUUGGCUAUGUUACCAGGAUGCCUUUGCAAUGUUUUCUUCUCUGGCACUGGUUAAGAUCCUCUUUCUAGAUUCCCUCCUUUCCAUCCAAGAUUCUAAUAGGAUCCUUAGAAUCUUCCCUGGAAUAUCCAUACUUUUCCUUGUUAUGAUUUUGAAAAUGACAUCCCAUUUCAAACACCUUCAGGCAUAACAGCCCUUACUUUUUCCCGGAUUGUGAGAAUAUCUUAACCUUCUACUAUCCCUCAGGUUUCAACAGUGAAAGAAUUGAAAGCUGUGAAAGGUUGUGUUGAUAGCAGUGGAGGAGAAACAAUAAGCACUCUUUAUCAAACCCUGCGAUGACAUCAACCUCUUUUAUUUGUAAUGCAGUAGCACAUGAAAACCGCAUAUAUUAUUACAUGAAAUUGACAUACAUCCUCCAGUGGACUGCUUCAUGGUUUCAUGCUGCUACUGUUUAAAGCCAAUGGAAAUCUGCAUGUGAGGAAAACCUGCUUUACUUUGUCCAUUAUGGGGUUUGUUGUAAGGCAGAGAAGUGGUCAGGAUUUAGUGUACUUGCUUGACCCAAUGACCUACCUUUAUUUUUUUAAUAGUAGACUAUAGAAACUUCACUGCUUGGAAUCUGAGAUAUAAACUUGAUCAUCCUAUGCUUGGCGACUCUUCAUUGUGGCUGUUCCCAAAGCUGGCAGGUGGGUGGUGGGUAGGGAAGGCCAUAGAAUACUUGCUGAGAGCACAUUCUUGUAUGCAGCAGACCCUAGAUUUAAUCCCUUGCCUUUUCAGCUUAAAACAUCUUGGGUAACAUGAGGGGGAAAGACUGUUGCUAUAGAACAGUACUGCUAAUUGGAAUAAAAAGUGCUGGGUGAAACAGCUGAACGAUCUGAUCUCCGGUUCUUGGCAUCUGUCUCCACGGAUGUCAUGUUACACCCUAAGAAGCACAAAAGGCAGAUGGCCCUCCUUGGUAUUCUGAAGAACGAUCUGGCCUCUUAUGUAGCCUGGUCACUACCAUGCGUUUGUAGGCUUGUAGUGACAAUAUCAGAGGUUUAAAUUAUCAAUGCAAUUAUUUUUUUUAUUUUUAUUUUUACUUUUUAGUGGAGUUUAUUAAACAUUUUGGAGUAGAUUUCUCUGUCAAGUGACGAUAAGAUAGUGGCUAUUGGUUUCAGUGAUACCACUGAGAUUCUUGCUUGGUGGCCUUCGGCAAGUAUUUUCUUGGUGUAAGUCAACCCUGUGAAAUUUGCAGUAUGGGGAUUAUAGCCCUUAUUUGCUUAUAAAAUUGUUGCAAAGGUUACGCAGCUUGAACAGCUUAACUCUGCUCCAUUCUCCAUUGGGUGUGGGAUAAUUUUCACACCCCUUGAUGGGAAAAUUCAAGUGAGUUCUUCUAAUAGAGGUAGUUAUAGCAGCCCCUCCCCCCUGCCAAAGGUACGAUGCCUGCAGUGCCCUCACAGACUGACCAAACGCAGAGAUGCUGCAGUAUGAGCCCUCCACCUAAUUCCCCCUUCCCAUCCUGCCCUGCUAGGUCCCCACAGACCCUGGGCCUGCUUUGCCACCCCACCUGGCUCCAUACACUCUACCCCAACCCCAUCACUGCUCACUUUUUGAAGAGAUUCAGAAUUCAGGAAGUCAGGGUGGGGAAAGGGGACAGGCCCCUCCUGUUGCUGGGCCAUUGCUAGGCCAUGUGGCCUAAUUGAAAAGAAAUCCUGAGAGUUUUUAUUUUAUCGCUAGUCUUUGCUCCCCAGGCAUUAGCUACGCUAGUUUUAUGCCAGUGCAGCUAAUGCUGGGGGAGCUAAGACUAACAAUAAAAGGAAAACGGCAGGAUUUCUUCUUAAUUUUGCUACGUGGACCAGGAACAGAUUGGGCCUGGCCUCCUUCCCUACCUAGACCUCCUUAGCUCUGGGGAUCUUUGAAAGGUAAGCAUGCUGUUGUGAUGGACUGAGAUGAAGAGGAGGCCCAUAGGACUGUGAGGACCCCAAAGGGCAGGAAGUGGAACGGGGAUACCAGGGUGGGGAGAGCCCUUGGGAAGCCCAAUGCAGGUUGGUUUGUGCCUGCACUAAGCCUCCCAGUCUCCCACGCUUAAAUGACACUUAAUGACAAAUGUAUUGGGGAAAAACAGAGAUGGGGGGGUCAUUAAUGAGGCAAUUUCUUUAGAGAUCAUACUGACAGCUGACAGUAAUAAGCAGGCUCCAUUACAGUUGUAACUCAAGGACUACCUGUAUUUUUGGUGAGUGCUACCCUAGUUAGAAAGGUCUUUACGCAAAUAAAGAUGUCCCUCCUAGAUUAGAACCCACAUAAGGAAAACAAGUAUUGACCUAUUGGAGGGAUAAUUUUAACAGCAGAAAAUCUUCAGUUUUCCAUUAUUUUCUUGAAAGAAACUUAUUAGAAUAAGAGAGGGCUUCUCGCUAUGGAAAUCUUCCUUGGCGCUUACAGAACUUAUGGCAAUGGGAGAAUGAGGAGCCAGGAAAGAUGACUGUAAUAGGCUUGCCCCAAUCUCUACAUGAGAAUCACAGAGGAGUAAAAAUUUCAGAAUACUAUACAGAUCUGUUCUGAACAUGAGCAAGAGAAGUUCUUGCCUUCCCUUGAGGCAACUGUGAUAGCUGACCCUAAUUUCAGCUGAAGAGCAGAUGGAAGACUCAUUUCCUGAGAAAUAAGGAGAAAAAAGACUGAUGCCUUAAUUUGGAUGGCUGCAGAAUAAAUAAAGUAGUAUUUGAAUGUUUCUCUUCUUUGCCCUUUAAAGCCCUGCUCCAGUUUAUAUCAGAAUGAUCUCCAUCCCAUUAUGGUUCAGAUGUAUUAUUCUGCUUAUACCUUGCAAAAAGUACCCGAUAGUUUUCUACUUCUGGUAUUGAGAAAAGUGUGUUGUGGCUUUUGUUUGACUUGGUUCUUGAACAUCAAAAUAAGAUAAUGUGUUACACUCCUAAAAUAUAUACAUGUCAUAUGUCAUAUGCUUACCAGUGAUUUGUACUGUUGUGCAGUGCAUGCUCAUCCAUGCUUUUUCAGAAGUUCAGUGUAUUUGCAGAGAUAUGUAUAUAAAGAUAUGUAUAUAAAGAAGGAAGGCUACAGUAUUUCAAACACAAAAAAUAGAAUGGUUUUAGAUUUAAAAAAAAGUUGAGGCUCCCCAAUCCUAUAUUUCUAUUUUUGAUGUAUUGCAGCAAAUAUUCUAUAGUAUAGUUAGUUUUGUUUUAAAUUGAAAGUGGCAAAUCAUUUUAGUCUUGUUUACAAUGCGUUAAUUAAAUUGAUGUUGAGGAAAGGAAAAUUGGAGGGUGCAUCAUAUAAUAGUAACAUAAAAUAAUAUACAUUUAACCCCUUGAGCAAAUUGUACCAGGACUGGUGCCCAAGGGACAUGGUGAACUGUAUCAAAUAUAUGGGGUAUGGGCCAGGGUUCAAACCAUCUUCCAUUUGUCUUGUAUUUUCUGCAACACAAUCUUAAGUCCCAUUUUUUGGAUACUCCCAACUUUUUCCAAAACAAAGUAUGCUUUUAAUGACUAAUUCAAGCACUAGUUAGAAUUCUGUAAAAGCGUCAUAAGGUAGAUGUUGUACUUAAUACUCAUUGAAAGUACUUGAAAUAACUAGUAAAGCA